CUGGGUCAGACUGUACCGACAGGUCGAUGUUAAAGCCACGCUCAGCAGACAAGUAAGCAGACGUGAAAACUUAUGCAAGCUGUUGUGAUCACAGCAAAGAAUGUCAACGAUGGCCGUGAGACACGAUGUGACCCAGAUGAUGUCCAAGAUCCUGAAAGUCCAGCCUGUCAGAUUGAUGUCAGCUGUAAGCAGCGCCACCACAGACCAGAUGAAGGUCAAACCGUUUGAAGAGAUACCUGGGCCAGGUGGAGUCUACAGGUGGCCUGUGGUUGGAACUUUACUGCACUUUAAGCCUUUCACCAAAUACACACCAGAGACUUUGCACAAACUGAAUGAUUCACUGUUUGACAAGUACGGUCCAGUCGUGCGUGUCCGACUGGGGGAGGACAUGGUGAUGAUCUGUGACCCUAGGGACAUCGACACCAUCUACAGGCAUGAGGGGAAAUAUCCAAACAGACCACCGCUGGACAUCACGAUAGAAAUUUUUGAGAAAAAUGGCUACAAGAAAGGAUUGGCUGACCUCCAAGGAAAAGAGUGGCAUGCCCUGAGAACUCCAGUCAACAAAAAACUAAUGAAAGCUGACUCGGCCUAUCAUUACCUGGUCCCACAGAACGCCGUAGCUGAUGAUUUUGUCAACAUUUUGGCCACACAAAAGUUAACACCGGAGGAAAUGAAAGAUCUUUUCUUUCGAUUUGCUACUGAAAGUAUUGCUGUGGUGACGUUCAACACACGGCUGGGUUACCUGGACGAGUCUGCUGACGCUGACGCCCAAGACUUCCUUUACGCGUCUAAAAAGAUGUUUGUACACAUCAACGACUUUAUCUCCGGAGAUCUGGCGUACAAGUGGCAGGGCAGUCAGAAAUACAAAGACAUUGAGCGUUGUAUUCAGAUUCUCAGAGGUAAUUCGAUGAAACACACACUGAAGGCCAAGCGUGCUAUGGAGGAAAUGAAACAAACUGGGACACUGGAUCCUGACGAGCCGAAUCUGCUUUACUUCCUGGCAUCUGAUCCUACCCUGGACAUUGAAGACAUCGUCAACAUUCUUUUCGCACUCUAUGUGGCCGGCACAGACUCGACUGCGAAAAAUUUGCAAGUAUUUUUCGCAAACUUGGCUAAGAACCCAGACAAACAGGAAGUGCUGAGAAAAGAAGUUUUGGAUGUUCUGGGAAAGUCUGGGGUUGUUGACGCUAAAGCCCUGGCAAAGAUGUCAUACAUGAAACAUUGCUUGAAGGAGUCUUUCAGACUAAACUAUCCAACAGUGGUGGGGACAUCACGAGUUAUGCCCGUUGAUGUUGUUUUAGGCGGUUACAAUGUACCAGCCGGAACUCGAAUACUGCUAGCCAACCCAAGGUCAGCGAAGGCGUAUUUCAAGGACGCUGACAAGUACCUGCCCGAGAGAUGGAUCCGGUCUGAAGAAUGUCCAGUUGACCACUCAAACAGCAUGGCGGUGAUACCGUUCAGCCACGGACCACGGAACUGUAUCGGCAGACGUUUUGCUGUACAGGAAAUUUAUUUGGCGGCAGCUAAAGUUCUACAGAAACUGAAGAUCGAGUUGGAGCCAGAAUCUUGGAACACUGAGUUCAUCUACACGUCGUUUAUUGACACAGAAAAACCACUCCGGUUCAAGUUUUCUAAGUUGGACUAAAGACACAACCAGAUCUACAUUUCAAUGAAUGAGACAAGAACAACUCAUGAAUUUAAAGUUUUCAAGUAUUUUAAUUCAGUGCAUUAUUAUUUUUUUUUAUAUUGGCAGUAAAGAGAAGAAAAUGUAGAAAGCAAUAUUUCAGUUAUGGGAUUUUGCCAUCAGAACUUUUACAACAUCGGUGAAAAAGAAAAAUUAUAAUGAUAUUAAGAUUGAAGGUAGAUUUUUCCUGUUGAGGACUUUAAUUGAACUGGCACUAUUCCAUGUGUAAAUGACUGGAAUUUAUUGCUCGUAGAAGCUGCAAAUACCUGUUUAAUGAUAUGUAUAUAUCCUAUAUCUCUCUUUUCCUCUCUCUCUAUCCCUCUCUAUCUCUCCCCCUAUCUCUCUCUCUUUCUCUCUCUCUCU